AUGUUUUUCUCGUCUUUGCUUACCACGGUGGGGCCUUUGCUGGCCAUGUGUUCAACGGCAUUGUCAUCACCGACACCAAUCAACAACGAUGAGCCCGACAUCGUUGUCGAGCGAGGCCUUAGCAAGCGGCAAGGCUGGUACUGGUCCAACUGGUCCGAGGGUGGUAUCAAUCUCCGCUGCACCAAUGGCAACGGCGGGACUUACUCAACCCAAUGGUCAGGCACGGGCGGUUUCGUCUGCGGCAAAGGAUGGAGCCGAGGCAGCGGCCGGGUUGUCACCUACACAGGGACGUACGAGCCGACCGGCCCGGGGUAUCUCGCCGUGUAUGGGUGGACCCAGAAUCCAUUGAUUGAGUACUACGUGAUCGAGUCUCAUGGCGACUUGGCUCCUAAUGAGCCAUGGACAUCAAAGGGCAACUUCACCUUCGAGGAGGGGACCUACGAGAUCUUCCAGAGUACGCGUGUCAACAAGCCGUCGAUUGAGGGAACGAGGACCUUUCAGCAGUACUGGUCCGUCAGACAGGAGAAGCGAGUUGGCGGGACGGUCACGAUGAGUAGGCACUUCGACGAAUGGGCCAAGGUGGGUCUGAGAUUGGGAAACCACAAUUACAUGAUCCUUGCGACGGAAGGAUACACGGCUCAAGGAGGCAACGGGAGCAGUGGGACUUCAAGUAUCACCUUGCAGUAG